UGUUCCAGCAUCAUAAUUCAUAAUUUUAAAGCUAAUUACAACAUAAAAGCUAAAUACAAAAAAAAAAAAAAAAAAACGCACAUUCGACAUACAAAAAAGACCAUUAACUUGCUAUUACCUAAAUCUUCAAAUGUACAUUAUAUAUAUAUCUAAACUAUAUACAUACAUAAAAUAUAUUCUAACUAUAUUUAAAUAAAACUAUGAACAACAUAUCCUGCUUUAUAAAUAAAUUUCAUAAAUAAAUAUUUAAAUAUAAAACUACAUAAACUAAAUAACAUAUAUCGAACAUAAAUUCAUUCGCUAACCAUAAUCAGCAUCCGCAUAAUUUAUGGUGCUUUCAUCACGUAAAAAUUGAUAAAAUCCACAAAAGUGUAAUUACGAUCCACUUUUGGGCGAAACACACACACACAUUCACACAAUAUUAAAAAGCUUUCGUUUCCAACAUAUUUUCGAAAACUAACCCAUUGACGCACUCACCACACCAUUGCAUAAUAUCGUUUCGCUCUAUUCGCUCGUUCUCUCGUUACUUACAAUCCACAAAUAGGAUCCAUAGUAUACACACCUGAUUUCGAUUUCAGUGCACAGAUCAACAUUUCGGCACACAACAUCAUUGAUUUCAUUUAUCGCUUUGCUCUAUUCGCUCGUACUCUCUUAUCGUAGCCACAUAACAUCUCCAUGGUAUACACACCUGAUUCGAUUUCAACUUGAUAUCAGUGCAUCGAUCUUCAUUUCGCCAAUACAUCAUCACCCAGGUCGUCAACGUUGUCAUCAUCGUCAUCAUCGCCAUCAUCGUCGUCGUCGGGGGAGAUUUUUGCUUCAUGAUCAAUUCACUGAUAGAGCUUUUUUGAAUAGCAUUUUUUUGUCGUUGAAAUGCAUUAAACAACUUUUGCCUUUUCGUAGGUUUAACCUUCAAUGCUUUGAAAAGAAAUUCUUAGUACAGAAUAAAUUCGCUUGUUAAAAUUGGAUUUUGGAUUAAUCUCAAUUCUCACAAUCUAUCUUUGAAUUCAACUCGCCGUGAGAUUUUAUUUGUUGGGACAGUUUUUUGUUGGGAAAUUUUAUUCUUUACAACAGGGUUGCCACCUAGCAUUUUUGAAUUGUUGAAUAAAUUUAAUUGAAUUUUCAAUAAAUUAUAAUCGUUUUUGUUUUUACUGUCGCUGUUUAAAGAAUAAUAGAAAAUUAAAAAUCUAAAAUGGCUGAACCAACACUUGAUGAAUUAAAACAACAACGAGCUUCUACUAAAGGAAGUAUAUCUCGGAUAAAGAAUAUCGUGGAAUCCAAUUCUAACGCCCUAACUUCAACUAAACUUGAAUGUCGUCUAGGAAUUUUGGAGUCGUAUUUUAAACAAAUAUUAGCAUAUCAAACCAAAAUAGAAGUUUUAUUACCAACAGAUACUAGUAGAGGUGAAAUAGAAGAUUUGUACAUCACCGCAAAAACUAAAAUUCUUUCGCUUUUGGGUACUGGUAGACGAAGUAGUAUCGCAGACAUGUCAGUUUCUACUGUCCCACAUACAAUUAGUCAUCUUCCAAAACAACGUUUACCAAAGUUUAGUGGAAGAUAUUCAGACUAUAAAAAUUUUAUAAAUUCGUACAACAAUUUGGUAGAAAAUGAUUUAAGUUUGACAAAAAUAGAAAAAUUUAAUUACUUGCUUUCUUGUUUGAGUGAUCAAGCUCUUGGCACAGUUAAGGCUUUUCAAGUCACGGAAGCCAAUUAUCCCAAGGCACUUCUUAGUUUGAAAGAGCGCUAUGAUAAUGAUUGCCUCAUUUUCUUAGAAUAUAUCUCACAGCUGAUCGAAUUACCUAAGGUUCAAAAAGCUUCUUCUGUAUCUCUACGGAGCUUGGUAGACAAUAUUUCGGCGUUGAUUAGUUCGCUACUUUCUAUAGGAUCGCAUGAGAAUAUUUGUAACGCAAUAAUAAUUCAUAUUGCGAUGUCGAAGGUUGACACAGAUACACAAUCGAAGUGGGAUGAACAACUGGACUAUAAGAAGUUGCCGGAUUGGAAGGAUUGUGCAAGCAUACUCAAUAAACGGUGCCAAUAUUUGGAAGCAAGAGAUAGCAAGCAGAUUCGUUCGGAACAAUGCGUGAAGACAUUCAACAAACAUUCAUCAACAAAGCCAACAAUAGUAAAUCCUCAUCGCCCACAAACUUCGCUUGCUGCAAACCAACGAUCCUGUAUCUUAUGUCGAGACCUUAACCAUUCAAUUACAAAUUGUAAAAAAUUUCUUGAGCUUUCGGUUAUGGAUAGAUUUUGGAAAACCAAAAAACUAGGCUUGUGUCUGAAUUGUUUAGGGAAGGGUCAUAGUGUAUUAAGAUGUCCAUCGUCUUAUAAGUGCAAGACUUGCAAACAAGCACAUCAUAGCCUUUUGCAUAGGACUCAACCUGCAGACACCAAUUCUGGUAUUAAUCCUCCCUCAGAUACAUCUGGUCAAAGCACAUCAGCUGCAACUCAUUCCGCAAUGGAAAAAGAGCAAGUUCCUGAAGCACAAGUUAUUUUAGCAACAGCAUUAGUUCUUAUCAAGGACUCAUCGGAAGGCUUUCAACUCGGUAGGGUUCUACUAGAUUCUGGUUCACAAGUCAAUUUUAUUAAUGAAAAGUUCGCCAAUUCACUUGGUCUAAGGAAACAUCGUAAGAAUGUUGACAUCGUCGGAAUAGGAGUGACUGAAACAAAAAUAAAAUAUCAAACUCAAUCAACAAUCCGUUCACGAUAUAGCAACUUUGAAAUUUCUCUCGAGUUUUUAGUUGCACCUUCCAUCACUGGGUAUCAGCCUGAAGCAUCUCUCAAUGUAAGCAGUUGGAAUCUACCUUCUAAUUUAGAGCUUGCUGAUGAGAAUUUUAAUCAACCGUCACAAAUCGAUUUAUUAUUAGGGGCUUAA